UCGAAACCAAGCUCCUGGAGGUGCGGCGGAGUAGCUUUUCCCAACUAAUCAAAACGCUUCCAUGAUCAGAAGAACCCUCUUUAGCUCAUGGAGAUGAUCCUCAUAAUGACAUACUUACUCAUGAAGCAGCAGUGUCCGGAGGCUUCCCAAUUCCCACUACGAGUUAUUUGGCAGCAAGUCGUGUCAUUAAAGAACUGUAUCUUUAUGUGGACAACCUACCAGAAGAGCAUACUUACACAUGACGCGUCGAAAAGAAGAGGAUUUUCGUUUCCAAGUCGUUAUGCAUAUUGUACAAGUAGCGAAGAAGAUGCAAAUCAUAUUCUACUCACCAUUCUCUGCUUGUGAUGCCAAUUCUUCAAGUGAGUCAAUCUUGAUGAGAAACAAGGUCACUUCCCCUGCAACUGAUGUAAUGGUCGAAUUAGUAAGGAUUGGAAUGUAGAACAAUUAAGUGAACUUCAGGUUGUGCUUUUUGAGGGGUUUGUAGCUGCAGGGAAGUAGAUAGGAAAUGGAAAAAAGCAAUCCCUUGCCUCUUGUUAGUAAU